GCCCGGCCCCGAUUGUGCUGAAGUGCGCAUGCGCCAACCUCUGAGCUUGUGCAGCGCUUUGCUGUUAGACUUCGGACGUCAAGCUCGGCGGCUUGUUCCGAACUCGGGUUCGUUCCAGCCAAUCAGCAGGGCGGAAGCGAAGGGCGCUCUCCCUUCGAGUUGAAGGUACGGUCCGUGGCGAGUUGUAAAGUCGGAAAAGGUGAACUUUGUGCUCGACGUGACAGAACCAACAUCCCUCAACAUGGAACAAGAAGGAUCCACUGAAGCUCCAAAAUCUGCCCAAGAAGCAAUUAUUAAAGAACAGACCAUUACUGAAAGAAAAUGGGUGAAGCUUGAUGAGACUAUUUACCUUGACCCUACAGGUAAAACAAGAGUGUGGGAGUCUGUAAAACGUACUACCAGAAGAGAGGGAGUUUCUGCUGAUGGUGUUGCUGUUAUUCCUGUCUUACAAAGAACUCUCCACUAUGACUGUGUUGUCUUGGUGAAACAAUUCAGGCCUCCAAUGGGAGCUUACUGUUUGGAAUUCCCUGCAGGUCUGAUUGAUAGCAAUGAAACCCCAGAGAGUGCUGCUUUACGUGAGCUGGAGGAAGAAACAGGAUACAAAGGGGACAUCCUUGAAUGUUCUCCAGCUUUGUGUUUGGACCCUGGGUUGACCAACUGUUCAUCACACAUUGCAACGGUCACCAUUAAUGGAGACAUUCCUGCCAAUUUGAAGCCGAAACAAAAGCCCGAGGAAGGAGAAUUUGUAGAAGUUGUUACACUGCCGAAGAAUGACUUAUUGCAGAGAAUUGAAGAGCUGGUAGCAGAGGAACACCUCAUUGUGGAUGCAAAGUUAUAUGCCUAUGCCUUGGCACUGAGGCAUGCAACGGACAAGCCCUUCCAAGUGCCAUUUAUGAAAUUCUGAGACUGCAUUGUACUCAGUGCUUUUGCAGGAUUUUCCUGUGUUGAAUUAAAAGGUCAGCAAUUAACAGUCAAAUGUGCUUAACAGAGCAGUAAUCCUUCUUGAAUGACAACUAUUUGUAGCAGUCUUACGGUGAAGAAUGUAACUUGUCUCUUUACUGUAUAAAAGACACAUCUCAUUUGUUAUUCAUUAGAAUUGUCUAAAGCAAAAAUAAAUGUCUUAUUUGUUAGUA